AUGAGCGACAUUCUUCAAGUUCAAAACGGACCGGUUUUGGAUACUUCCAUCACAAAAAUCAGCGAGCAAACUUUUAAUCCGACAAAUCCGAACGCUCUCUCCAACAACGAUAUAAUUCAUUUCGCCAUCAAUCAGACGGACUCCUUACCUUUGCUGCAUCGAAGUUAUUUCUUGAUCAGCGGUAGAAUCACGGUGGAAGAAACUGUUGCUGCUACAGCUACUACCGCUGAGAAACAAGUCACAAAAGCUGCUCAGAGGACAAAACUUACGAACGGAGGAAUUUUGUAUCUCUUCAAUAGGGCUGAGGUACGAAUAGACAAUCAAACUGUGGAGUCAGUAUCCGAGCCGGGCUUGACAUGCAUUCCCAAGAUAUACUCCACCUUCAACGAAUGGGAUUCUCGUCAUUUACAAGUAAUGGGAUGGGAGAAGGAUAUCCCAUUGGAUGCUGACGGUAGAUUUCAUAACGUCAUUAUCCCCUUCAGAGUUCUCUUUGGUUUGGGAGAGGAUCUACGACAAGUGCUUGUGAAUCCGAAAAUCGAAAUUCUACUCACCCGCUCGAGGACAAACAAUGACGCAGUGUUCAGCUCGGCAGCUGAAAAUUAUACUCUAACCUUGGAACGUAUGCAAUAUCGUUUACCCAUCGUGAGUGUGGAUGAUGGUCAAAGAUUGAAAUUUUUGAAACUCAUCGAGAAAGACAAACCUCUCAUCGUUGCUUUCCGUGCAUGGGACCUUUAUCAAUACCCUCUUUUACCUCAAACAACUAAACACACCUGGACCAUCAAGACAACAACACAAUUGGAAAAGCCAAGGUAUGCCAUUGUAUUCUUUCAAACGAAUCGGAGUGGAAAUCAACUCAAGGAUGUGAGCAAGUUUGAUCACUGCAAUCUGAGGAAUAUAAAGCUACUUCUGAAUAACGAGGCAUAUCCGUAUGAAGAUGUGAACCAAUCCUUCACCAAGCAUGAUUACAAUAUAUUCUACCACGCUUACUGCAGUUUCUCUUCGACCUUCAACGCUUUACCUGAUCCAACUCCACUUCUAGACAUUGAAAACUUCAAGAAUAAAGCUCCACUUUUCAUCAUCGAUUGUUCCAGACAACGUGAGUCUUUGCAGCACGGUCCGAUUGACGUGAAACUCAACUUCGAAUCAAACAAUAAUUUUCCUGAGCACACAACAGCGUUUUGUAUACUUAUUCAUGAUAGUGUUUUCGAGUACAGUCCUUUGACUAGCAUCAUUCGAAAACAUGAAGGUUGA